AACCCCGGGACAUCGCGCCUGCUCCUGAGCCCUUGAAACCACCCGUGGCUCUGAGCUCCCGGACAUACUUCCUGGGCCAGCUGCCUCCAGGAAGGGGAGAUUGUGAGCCAACCCGGACAGCUGGCACGCCGCUUCCCAGCACCCUUCCGCCGGUAGGACUGGGGGAGCCCUUCUCCCGGCAAAGAAAGGGGAGGCCCUGCCCAGAAAGCCAAGGGGCUCUGGGGCACAACGCCAGGAAAGGAUCAGUUGCAGCGGCGUUGGAACAAUGUGCACGGGCGGCGGCGGGGGGGCUCUGGAAUGUAAAUCCCGGGAAACCACUUCCUCCAGGGCGGGCGGCAGCCCCCUAGUUCCAGCCUCCGGGGCUUAUUCACCAGCCGAGGGAGGGAAGGGCGGUUUCUACAGUUCCCCACUUUGUAAUGAGUUAAUUAACUAGUUUCUCUGCUGCUGAAUUACUUUUACCGCCAUGUUACUGGAUGUCACUUUCUCCAGCUCAGAGGAACAGCUCAGUUAAGGGAUGGGGCGCGGGGCGGGGUGACUUUCACUGUGACAUUUCUUCCUCCUCUCUGUACUGGGGAGGGGAAAAGUCUGAAAAGCAGCCAAAAGUUGGGCUUAUUGCUGCCAUUUCAAAGCAAAACGUAGGGUGGAAAAGCCAGAUAAACGUUCGGGGUGGGGCUUCCCUGGCAGGUUUUGUUGCUGACGAUUUCUGUGGAAAGUGAAAAUAAUUUCUUAGGAGAAGAUGCUGAUUUUGCAGGAGGCCUGGCUGUUUAAAGGAGUAAGUUUUUGGUUGAAGAACUGACCCACUGGGGACUCACGGGUGUUGUGCCUUCCCAGGUCCUACGUGGCUGAGGAGCCCAAUGCCCCCUCUGUGUGGUGACCAGUGCUCUGUGGCAGUGCCAGGAGACGUCUGCCAGAGGCCCGCAGUAUGGAAAAUACCCGACCCUGCUUUCAGGCCAUACCAGUUGCCCUCUGCCUCCUCCUGGGCAUUGGGACGGCAGCCGCAGGCUCUGGCUCAGACCCUGUCCUGCACAUGGCUGGGCACAAGGACUCAGGGGUGUGGGUCUUGUGUCUCUCUGCGGGAUGGUACCCGGAGCCCCGCGUGCUCUGGAGGAAUGGCCGUGGGGAGACCCUGAGCCCCGAGUCUGAACAGAAACCGCGCGGUGAUGAUGGCCUAUUCAACGUCUCCAGCUCCUUGGUGGUGCUAGAGAACUCAGACCCAGCACUGACCUGCACCAUCAGAGCUGGCUUCUCUGGCCCAGAGAGAGAGACAACAAUUCGUAUCACAGGGCUCUUCCCCAGGCAUGCCCCGGAAAUGACGGCCUUUCUCGUCUUUCUACCAGUAUCUCUCUUCCUCGUGCCCUUGGUGGUUUAUCUCUUCCGAAAGCUCCAGGUUCUCAAAGAGGAGACGACCAAAGAGCACGAAUGGAGACAAAUUCUUGAUAAAGUGUCCCUGUCAGCAGCAGAGGUGACGCUGGACCAGAGCACUGCCAACCCCUUCCUGGUGCUCUCAGCAGAUGGCAGGAGUGUGACAUGUGGCAUCCUCUGGCAAGACGUCCCCAAGAGCUACCGGAGAUUCGACCCCCUCCCCUGUGUCCUGGCCUCCCAGUGCUUUGCAGAGGGGCAACACUACUGGGACGUGGAGGUGGGCUGGUGGGGAGACUGGGCCACCGGGGCAGCCUGGGGCUCCAUGGAGCACAUAGGGGCAUUCCGGCUGUCCCCAGAUGUGGGGGUCUGGGCCCUGCAAUGCCAGGAGGGGGAGUGGAGCGCUCUCACCUGCCCUGAGACCCCGCUGCAGCUGGAGCCAGCACCCAGGAUAGUCCGGGUGCAUCUGGACUGCACGCGGGGUAGCCUGGCCUUCUACAAUGCUGAGAGCAUGUCACACAUCUUCACCUUCACUGGCUGUUCCCGGGCACCUCUCUUCCCCUUCUUCUUGCUCUGGACCUCUGGGACGCAGCUCACCAUACUACCUCCGGGGCAGAGAAAGGCCAGGGAGAGGGACAGGACAAUGUGCACAGUAACACCCAAACUGGGAAAAAGACAGGGCAGUGUUACAGAACUUCUGAUCAUGCCAGGGCAGAGUUAAGGGUGUUUGGCUGGGAAUUCCCUUGCAUUCAAAGGGGCAAAAUUAAGAGUGUUAAAUUGCUUUGUCUUCCAAGGGGCAGAGUUAAGGGUUUUUGACCAGGAAUUUCCUUGCAAAGGGACAGCAUCUGUCUUUGCUUCAGUUUCUUUGGUUUCUUUAUUUCAGUUCCUUUCUGGUUCACUUUUGGGAAUGAAAUGAACAGCAGUGAUUCCUAACCCCUGGGAAUGGCUGGGGGCCCUUAACCCCUAUCUGACCAGGAAAGACAGGGGCUAAUUGUCAUGGUUUGAUCCUUGACAAGUCCCACGUGGCCUUGGAAGAAAGCAGAGUCUGGGGCCAGGCAGGACCAGAGCAGACCUGCUCUGCUGGGUUUGGGAAGGAGGCAGUUCAGAGGCUGGAAGCUACCGAUCAAACUUUUAUUCCAGUGAAAGGGGAUGUGGGAGUCAGAUGCCCCACUGGGGGUGGCCCUGUGACAGCAGCCAGGCCUGCUUGUGUGCAUUUACCAUGAUUGUGGACACAGCAUGGUCUGUGCAAAAUCCAAGCCCAACCGCACACCUGCUCCCUGUGCGCA